GUUAAUGAUAGAUGGUACGAGAUAGUUGAAAUCAUUCAGUAGGAUGGUGUAAGCUUUCAGUUGCUUGUGGACAGUGAUUCUUAUUGUAGGUCCACUAUAAACGCGUUCAAUAGUUUUGUUUGUGUAUAAAAAGUAGAUAGAAAUGGUGCACGAUCCUAAAAAUAUUGUGGUUGGGAAUCUAUUUUUCAUUGAAUCUUCAACUGACGGAAAACGGGGGCAAACAAAAAAUAAUGAGCUCAAAAGUCACACUUUUGAUGAGGCGAUUGAUAUUGUGGGAUUUGGUCGAACUGGAUGGCAUGUCUUUUUGGUAUCCGCAUUGAUUAUGUUGGCCGUAAUUAACGAAACCAUGGGAAUAUCCAUCCUUAUUCCUGCAUCGCAUUGUGAUUUGAAUCUCUCGGCAACCGACAAAGGCGUACUAACAGGAGUGAGCUUCGCAGGUAUCAUCUUGACGUCGCACUUAUGGGGUUAUGUGGCAGACACCAAAGGGCGGAAAAACGUGAUCGUGCUUUCGCUGGUAAUCACUACCCUGUGUUCGCUGGUGUCAAGCAUGGCAGUUAAUUUCGCCACUAUCGCUGUGCUGCGGUUGGUCGUUGGAAUGAGCAUUUCUGCACCGUCUGCGACAAUUUAUGCCUAUUUGGGAGAAUUUACCAAAACUGAAAAACGAACGGUGGUGAUUUCAUUUGCCAGCGUUGCAGUUGGUUUGUCGUAUGUCUUCACUGGAACUAUUGGCUGGAUAGUACUAUCCUUCGAUUGGCGGGUCAACAUUUUCGAGCUGGUGGAAUUUCGACCAUGGCGACUUCUUUUCAUUCUGUACUCACUGCCGGGAGCCAUCGGUGCCAUCUGGUUGAUGUUCCUGCCGGAGAGUCCCAAGUUCUACAUUUCUCGCGGCGAAGAUGACAAAGCGUUGGCCAUUCUACGGAGGAUGUACGUUGAAAAUCACCCCGAACGAAGCGGGGAUGAUUUUCCGGUAAAAAGGCUCACACCGGAGUGCAGCGAAAGUGUGGAGUGUGUGAAGCAGCAUGGAUUGAUCGGCAUUUUUGCUAACAUGUGGAACCAAACGGUACCACUUCUGAAACGACCCAACUUACUCUAUUUUUCGGUUUGCUGCGCGUUACAGUUUGGAAUGUUCAUGGUUUCAGCUGGAAUGGGUCUAUGGUAUCCGGAAAUAGUGAAUCGCGUGACGAAAUCCAAUGGAAAUGAUUCAGCUACGAUAUGCGAAGUAUUGCGAGGGGUUGACUCACCAGAGGAGGAUUUAUAUUCAUAUGUCGUAAAUGAGUGUAACGAUCAUGUCACUAGUGAUGUAUUCGUGUAUGUUAUAGCACUUGGAUCGAUUUACACUUUCUUGUACCUCGCCAUUUCGGCCAUGCUGCGGAGGAUCAGUCGAGGAUACAUCUUGUUGAUUAACUUGUUAAUCUCCGGAUUGUCAGGGGUUCUACUCGUGUUCAUCAAUGAACCGUACGGUGUAUUGGUGUUGUUUUGUUCUUUUAUGGUGUUUGCUGGUAUUUCUAUUUCUAUAGUAAACGGUGCAGCAGUAUCUCUAUUCCCUACUAGCGUACGAGCUAUGGCGGUGUGUUUGAGUUUGAUGAUGGGCCGUCUAGGAAGCGUAGUCGGAACUAAUAUAAUUGGGCUUAUAAUAGAGGACUAUUGUAAUUUGACUUUCAUCUUGUUUGGUGGUUGCUCGUUACUCGGAGCUGCACUAGCACUGAUUCUUCCUAGUCGGUAGAUACCUUUUGUUAGCAAUAAGUUCCAUAAAUGGCUAAUAAAUGUCUCUAGUCAAAUUUGAAGCUACUAUUAUGAUCUGUUUAAAGUCAGUCGAUAUCCAUGGUAAUAAAUCAAACAUUUUCCAGUGAAUGACAAAAAUAAAGCUUCUUCAACUGGCAUUCCA